GCAGAACGGUGCGUGGACAAGCAUUGUUAUCACUACUUUAGUUCUAUUUAAAACAGUCAGUUAAGUUAAGUCAGUAGUGUUUGUAAUUUCGGAUUUUCCCAUUAUUAGCAAUUUUUUGUCAACAUUCGCCAUUUUGGAGGAAUACUCUAUUUAAUAUUAUUUGCAUUAGAGUAUGAUUAGGGACAGUUAAAAUUGCGUAACAGAAAAAACAAACCCAGUAGUAGAAGGCCUAUCUUAUCUAUAUUCCAUAUUCUUAAAAGCUUUUUGUAAUUUUUCAAUGAGGAGACAUCCUUAAGCCUUAAAAUUUAAUACUAAUACUAGCAAUAGUAAUAGUAACAGUUAAUAGUUAACAUUAACAGCCAAGGCCUAGGCCUAGGACUAGGAGUGGAGGCGGAGGAGACAAAAGUAAUAGAUGUUUGUAAAAUGAUGAGACUGAGACGCUUCCAAUUUGAAUUAGUAUUGAUAAUUUUAUCAAUCAUAAUUUGUUGUUUUAUGAGUGAGUGCUAUUUUUUUUAAAAUUCUAGUUUCGUAUUUAACCCUCUGGAGACGGAGCCUUUUCUGGGUGUAUGUGCCAUAAAGACGGAGCACUUUUUACAAGCUCGACACUCGCAUUGCAAAAAAAUUUAUACAAAAUAAACUAUUCUCUUAAUAUAUGCAAAACUAUAUAUUCUCUUGUAGGAAAUUGAAUGAACUAAUACAAUCUUUAUAAAUCAAACUGAAAUAUCAAAAUGUAUGCAAAUGAGCUACCCUUAUUUGCAUAAUUUAUGCAUGUAAUUUUUUGUUACACCUAGAAUAAACAUGACUUACUUGUAUCAAUUGUGUUAAUAUUUUUAUGGAUGAAGCCUGAAUAAGUCCUAAUACUUGUUUUUUGGGGGAAAAAGGCCCAUGAAGGCCCUUCAGACACCUCUGGCACAUGGUUCUACUCCUUUUCCACCCCCACCCCCUAUUUUUCAGUUGUUACAGACACACUGUAACAGGCCCCCGUUUAUGACCUAGGGACCUUCUCUUAAGCUGGAUGUUACUGAGAAAGUUAUCUGCAUAUCUCUUGGUCUCUCUUUGAAUGAUAUUUAGUGUAAAAAAUAGCAUAGAGUACUAAAAUGUGGUGCUUAUGCCUUAUUUAUAGGACUUAUGUUGUCUAAAAAUUCAGAGGGGUCAUCUCUGUCCAUUUGAGAACCCCUAAUACUAGUAAUACUAAACCAAAAGUUCACAACAUUAGCAUUACCCUCAAUUUGAAAGUCUUUAUUUGGUUGUUUUCAUAAUUUUCAGUGUCAGAUUCACUGCAAGAAUAUAUAAAUCACUAAGCACAGUUUGAUCAGAGUCACUGUCAGACAUGUUCGAAUUUCAUGAUGUAACUAUACACACACAAAAAAAUUCCUGCACACUAAUAUAUUGAGUUCACCUUCAACGAACGCCGCCAUUACAAUGCCGGGAUCUGCAGAAAUAUGUAAGAAUAAUUUUGAUUCGCUGGUACAACGCCAAGCCAGCCAAUUGUGAGGCUCGAUCUAUCAGGCCGACGGCUCGGACUUGAUGUCUUUCUCGCUAGUGUACCUCGGGCCGAUAGAUCGGCCUUUACGUCUCCAGAGGGUUAACACGUUUGCCUCGGUCUGCCUGAGUGCUGGCACUGCCACCGCCACCACUCUUACUCUUACUACUCCUCUUACUUUAACUUUAUUCAGACUUAAUCAUUAAUAAUGCAAGGCCAAGUUAAGGCAGGACAUUUUUUAACUACUUAGUCUACUUGUAAUAACCAUAUUGUAAAUGUAAUUUCAAUGUAUAGUAUAGUAUUGUUUUUAAUAGCUUUUACUUUUAUCAUUUUAACAUUUAUUUAUCAUUAUAAUUAUAAUAAAUGGUUGGUGUCUUACUCUUAGUUAUGAUCAGUGACUAAGUUUUGAAGUUUAGUGCCAACCAGGGCGGGUCAAGAUUAUUGUAGCCCAAUUCUAUGAAAAAACUCUGCAGUUUGCCAAAAAUGCGGUCCCCUCCAUAUAAAUAUAAAGAAAAAAGUUCUGCCCUCUCCGCAAACCACUGAUCAUGAUUUUGAUAUAGGCCCACUGAAUAAAUUACGUAGCCAAGUAAUCCCAAUACUACAGUACUAUUUUGUGAUAAAAAUUUAUAAUAAAAUUAUGGCUAUAAUGGCUAUAUAAAGUCUAAAAAUAAUCAAUUUUCUAUACUUAUAGUACGUGUCCAAGGACAGAAGAUAAAACUUCAAUACAGACAAGAAGACAGCGAAACACAUUGUACAAGUGGGCUGAUCAGUGAAAUGGAUACAGUUGUGUUUAAAAGUCUAGUGGAUUAUUCAGAAAAUUUAAAUAUAACAUAUGCAUUGUUUGAAAUCAAAAGGAAAGAAGACCAGAGUUUCAAAGUAGUAAGUGUACCCAAAGCCAAUACACAACUUAAUUUAUCAGGUUAUAUUGAUUUAGUUAAUUAUAUUUUACAAAUGUUUUUAUUUUUUUAAAAUUAUCUCCCCAAACAAAAAUUGAUACACAUUUUUACUUUAACAAAUUUCCAGUCGAAAGAACUGUUCAAAUAAGAUAUCUUACUUAUUAUAAAUUAUACUCUUUUUUGAAAAGAGAAAAAUAAAAUCUAGUUUUUUAAAAAGUAUUUACUUUCUGAAAUAUGUUUUAUAGCCAUUUUCAUUGUUUCUAUAGUAAAGUAGUUACUAUCCUAGUGUCUCAUUUUUAGUUUACUUAGUUUACAUGUUUUUAAUAAUUGUAAAGCGCUUAGAGCUUUAUGGUAAGUGCUAUAUAAAAAUGCCUAAAUAAAUAAAUAAAUUUAUAAUGUGUUACGAAGAUAAAUUCCUAAUACAAAUUAAUAACCCUCCCUUGGGUGCAACACAGGUCCCAAUUUUGGAUAGGCUAUCUAAAGAAACCUCAAACCAACACUGGCCUGUAGGGUGUGUGACCUGUGCCCUCGCACAGGGUGCUGUGGCCACAGGGACGCCUGGGGUGCCCAGUAAAUAUUUAAAUUCCCUAAGUGUGCUUGGGGCACCAUCAAUGAUCUUCCAAAAUUGGAAAAGCAUUGCAUGUGGGCGCCAUUGAAGCAAAAUAGAAAGUUCAAUAAACAAAUCUCAUCGGUAGACUAGUUGUUUAUACUAUCCAAAUACAAGUUAACAAAAACAAUAUUAUUGUUUAUUGUUUGUUUAAAAAAAACAAAAUAGGUAAUAAACUCAUUACCAAAUAACUUGUUUUUCCGUUAAUGAUUAUACUUAACAGGGGCGCCAAAGUUUAGCUUGCAUAGGGCGCUAGCAACCAUCGGGCCGGCCCUGCUCAAAUAUUAUGCGCCUCUGAUUCAAACUCAAAAAUUAAUAAAUUACUUCUUACUUAAACGCUUAUUGCAAUAAACAUCCUUUUUGCUAGGUAGAUAACUUUUCUUAUUUUACAAUACUGUAGUAUUUUCAUUUUCAACAUGUGUCUAAAGGCAGGGUUGUCAAAUGUCCAUAAAUUUAUGGACUUCCAUAAAAAAUUGAACUUAAAUGACUUGUCUGUAUAUGUCAGUGAAAACUUUAGGAUGUCCGUAAAGAAUGAGACAUUGUAAAGAAAUAUGGAACAAACAUAACUGGAAAUCACAACUUUAGUAAUUUCUCAUUACUUGCUUUAAACUUGUAUGAUCAAAAUCAGGAGAAUCCAACUGUCGCAAGAAUGCAAUACAAUAAAAUAAUGUUAUCCAAUAGGCUGAAGCUUCAAAGUCAAAUGAAUUAGAAUAAUAACAUAAUCAUAGGUAUACGUGAAUAUUUUUUUAAAUAGAUUCUCAAGUUCAUUUUAAAAUUUUACCUGUCCAUAAAUAAUCUUCAGAUUGUAAAUAUUUUUCCAUAAAUUUUAUUUUUUUGAAUUGGCAACCCUGCUGCCUUACAGACACCUUGCACCUGUAUUUAAAUUGUUUAUAAAAUUAUUGCACCCAAUGGGUAGUGGGGCAGGAUAAUUUGAAUGAUUCUCAUUUUUCUAUAUGUUUUAGUUUCAAGUGAUAAAUGUUCAAUCUGGGUGCUUGACAACAGAAUCAAUUCAAUGUAGACAAAUUGGCACACAUGUUUUUGAAAUUGUCUUGGAGAUACCUGCAUACAUUGAUUAUAGUGUAGCGAUGAUUCGUGGAUCACUAGAAACGUCAAGCAAAUCAAAACUACAUAGUGAAGUCCAAAUCUUUCCUGAAAUAUAUGGUGAAUUGAAUGUUUUUAUCUUGUUUUGAGUUUUAUAUUCAUAAUGAAAUUGAAGCAUUGGCAGGAGUGUUUUUUCACAUCAUUAAAUUAUCUGUGAUACAUAAAUUGUAACACUCCAUGCGUUACAGAAUAUAAAUGAUCACUUUGUAAAGUAUAGACAGUAUAAGUAUAGUAAAGGAAGCUCUUUGAAACAAACCAAAUUAUACACAAAUUAAAAGACAAUUAGGAAUAGUGAAAAUUUAUGUACACAUUAUCUAAUCAACUGAAAUAUUUAGCAAAAAUACAACCAAAGACAACAUCUAAUAUUUGGUAAUGUAAAGUGUAUUACAAUGAAAAUGUUCAAUUAUGCUCUAAGAGUACAUAGAAAUUGCAUAAAAAAUUGCUGUUCAUUUUUAAUAGACAAAUCUUAACAAGAAACUAAUAUGCAGUUAGUUUUAUUAUUUAUAGAUGAACAUUGAAAAUAUAUAUAUACUUUUCUUUUAAAUUCAUAAAAAAUGGAAACUAUAGGAUAAUUUAGAAACCUAAAAUAGUCCUUAAAAUAUUUAAAAUAGUAUCCAUAAAGAAGUCCUGCAAAUCCAUAUUCAAAAUUUUUAAGAUACACUAAAUUGCUUUAGGUAACAGUGGCAUUUUUUUUCCAGAUGCUAAAAAUACUUUUGGCCGUAUCUGGAUCAAUGGAAUUGAAAAAAUCAGUGAUAAUAACAGUUGUGAUACUGUUUUGAAAACUUCCUCCAACAUACACAUACUUUUUGUAUGUAAAAGUCAAGCAUCACCAUGUUUAAUUGAACUGUCAGCAAGUGAUUUACAUAAACCUAUACGAGGGAAGGACCACCUCGUUUACACUUACGCUGAAGAUGAUAUAGAUGUUCUUUUUGUGACAAUAAAAUUUGCUCCAUGUAGUUUAGCUGGAAAGAAAGACAUCAUCCAGUGCCGAAUCAACAUUGGGCCUGGUAAGAUUUUGGGAUGAACGCAUAUUUUUUUAAUUAUAGGCCUACAGGACUACUACGCCAUGUAACACAUUUGCCUGAACGUGUGCAAAAAAAAUAUUUCCUAAAUUUAAAAAAAAGUUAUGAAUCUUAAUUAUAAACAUUUGUUACCAGUCAAAUUUUAAAAAUUUAUUAAUUUAAACAAUGUUAAUUUAUUUAAAUUACAAUUUUCAUUAUACAACUGUUCCAUUGUUUUCAUCCAGAUUAUUCACUGCUACCGGUAAUACCGGUACUCAGUUUAUUUUUAUUAGUUGUGUUCUGUAUUGUGAUAGCUAUGCACAGGAUUUUCAAGCAAAGGUAAGACAUGGGAUCUGUCAUUUAAAAAAAAUUUUUUUUGGUCAAUUGAUAUUUAUUAUUAUUUCAAUAUACCUUCAAAUAAGCAUUUAUAUAAGAUAUUAAUUGCUUAUGUCUGUUCUGUGCUGUUACUAUUAUUUCAUAAGAAGAAUGUGAGUGAAAAUGAUUACAAAGCCUACAAAUAUUUAAACUUGUUUAACUCUUUUAAACAGAAAAAUAUUGAUAAAGCAGAUUCAAAAGGUGAGCAUAAUUUAUAUCUUAGUGUUUGUUGUUUGUCCUUUGUAUGCGAAAGGGACCAAGGCUAUAUUAUACAGUGAGUACAUAGGUAGCCUUCCAGUCCUAUUUGUGCCUGGAAAUCUUUCCUGCACAUGGGGUACACAUUGUUUUGGGUCCCAGUAGGAUUUGAGUCUGCUUUUCCUUGCAAUGCGCUUUCUUUGGGAAGAGCGGUGCACUUAUUCCUUGACCAUUGUGCUCCAACAGUGAGUCUGCCACGCCAAUUUGUGCAAUUUGCCAGUAUGACUCUUGACCUUGCCAAUUUUGAUCCAGUGGUGACUUUAAGUCAAGAUGACUGGAAAAAACAAGGAUGCAUUGAAUGAACAGCAGUGUGUUUUAAGUCUCACUACGCUCUUCAUGCAUUCCAGGUAAAGUUUGCUUCAUCUGCUUUUCCAUGCACUGGACCAUGUAAAUAUCUCUUUUUCAUGGUGCACCAGGUUCGCCUUCUCAUGCAAGGUAGACACUUCCUCAUGUUUUACCCAUAGUUCUAAGAUGAUGAAGCUAUUUGGGUAUGAUGUAGGUAUAAGGAGCUGUUUAGUUUCAUCUUAUCACCUCACUAAAUGAAUUAUAUUUUCUGUAAACAUACAUUCUCAUUUUGGCUUAAGUCUUUAGUGCGAUUUCCACAAAUUUGAUUAUUUCUUCUAAUUGAUAUCAGCUUUCCUUCCUUUUUGUGCUCUUAUUUGUUGCAAGCCGGAAGUUAAAUUAUUACAUAGAGUACACCAUACAAAGUUUUCAUAUGUUUGUGAAAACUGAAAUGUGCCUCACAUUUUUACCAAAUUCAACGGAACAAAGACUUGAAUAUUUAUUUAUAAUUUUACUACAACAAAAGACAUGUAUUCUAAAUUGCUUACAUUCAUGAUCUCUAGAAAAGCCUAAAAAAAAUAUGACAUUAUUUCUUUCAUAUACAUUAAGUGCAAAGCAAGGCUGCAACAAAAAAAUUAAAUCCCAAAAAUAGAAAAGCUAAUAUUUAAAGCUGUGCAUGCUGAGCUACAUGACAACAGCCUAAAAUGAAAUGGAGAUGGGGAGAAUUUUUGUUGUUGUAUAUCUUGAUCUGAGACAUAAAAUUACGAGUGCAAAUUUUAGUUAUUAGUUUUUUUAAAGUUCUAAACAUAUAGAUGGGGGGUGUCGGGGAAGAUAAUGAAAUCUAGAGCAUACAUACAAGGAUACUCGAAAUGUAAGGGAAGUAUUAUUGUGUUUUUUUGUUUGUUUUUUUAUUUUGGUUUUUUUUUUGUAAUUUUUUUUAGUUUGACUGGGGUUAUCAGUGAGUUGCAUGACAUGUUAGUAAGAAAUAUAGGCUAUGUAAAAUUUGAUCAUCUAAAAACAAUUGAAUUUCAAAUACUAUAUUACAUUAAACACCUUUUGUCACUGUAUUUGCUUAUUUUGAUGGGUAUAAUUUUGAUGCAUGAUUUCUUUUUAUAUACAUUUUAAUUGAUACUUGAGGUGAAAGGAAAAAAAAGGACAAAUGCAAGAAAAAAAUUUAAGAACAAUAAACCUGUUAGAUUUCUUAUUAAACAUUUCUCAAUAACAUUUUGUAAUUCAAAUUUCAAAUUAGAAAGCCAACUUUAAUUUUGUAUUUAUUUUUUUUUAAGAGGGUUAUUUAAUCAAUUAUUUAUAAAUUAUUAUUUGAUAUUGGACAAAAUUGGGACAGACCAUGAGUCUAAAAUAAACAAAUAUCAGGGCACAAUUAUUUUACUCUACUUUAUGCAUCUACCUUCAGAGAGUUCUGCAUCUGGGAAAGCAAAAAAAGUCUACUAUUUUGGAUGAUGUGAUUGACUUAGAGACGAAUUCAGAAGGUAAAAGAAAUUAAAUUUAGCUUAGAGACUAGAAUUCUUGUUCGUGACUCUAUUUAAACCAUAAAUGUUUUCUUUUGUACACAUUGCUUUAUUAUGCAUAUAUUUAGUCUGAUAAAUGAGACUGACUGUUGUAAGCUCACAAGGAUAAUGUAAUUAAAUCAUUUUAUGAAGAGUAACUAUAAAUAGACCUUAAGAUACAAAAAUAAUAGUUAGGGGUUGCUUAUGAGUGUCCGCAUAAUAUACAAAUAUUUUCCAACUCCCCUUGUUCACACUUGUACACAUGUAGCUUUACACCCCCCCCCACCCCCCCUCAACAUGGUGUUCCAGAUGUCAGCAUAUAGCAAUGUACUGGGUGAAAUACUAUGAAGUAUAAUGAAGUGAUUGUAAAGAGUCACUAGAUGUAAUCCUCUACUGAUGGCUGAUAAUUGCCAUAUAUUAUGUAUAUGGCAGAGUCAGCAGAAAGUACAUAAAUUUAUGCACAAAUUCUGUAAUAAUUAUUCUGAUAAUCUCUAAUACCUCUAAUAUAGCCAACUGUCAUCUAAAAAUCUGUGAAUUCCAUUAUAUUUAAAUAUAUUUAAUAUUCUAAAAAAAUUACCUCAAUGUUUCUUAUUAAUUGUUAUAUUUUUGCUUUGUUAUUUACAUACUAGAUAUCACAACAGUAAUACUUAGCCUAGUGACAACUUUAAAUCCACCAUAAGUGGCUAUGCAUGCCAUUUUUUGAUCUCCUGGUAAUGAUUGAAGAGAUCCUUUUAAUAGCAAUCUUGCAUUUAAUAAUAAUUAAGUUGUAGAAAAAAAUUAUAUCCUUUUGUUAUAUGCCUUAUAUGCACUUGAUUCAAACAAAAAUGCUAAAGGUUAUUAAAAGAUCAAUAAUUGUUUACCACACAUUUAAAAAAAUUAAGUUUAUAAAAUAUCAAGCUAGAAACACUAUGGUUUCUUUUAAAUCUACCUCUAUUUCUUAAACAAAGAGCCUUCCUCAACAGACAGGACAAAUGAAAAUACAACAAGAAAUAGAAAUUAGUUGAAAACUUAUCUUAUCAUCCUGUCUUUUGAUUCAAAAAUCCACAUACCUUGUUCUACUAUUUGUUUUAAACAGCUUGAAUGCAGUCCUUCAUUUGUUGUCUUUAGAGAAUUUUUUUUUUUUAUCUGUAUGAUUAAUUUAUAAAUGAUUAAGUAGAUUUUUGUUAUAAUUUCUGUUGUGGCCAUCUUCAUUGCCCUUAAGGAAAUAUGUGAAACAAAUUAUGGGAAGAUCUGAAAAAAGGAUGCAACAGAAAACAAAUAUGUCAGCAAGAAUCCUUCUUCAGUCGAACAAACAAUGGUUAACACAACUAUAAAAAAUUAAAAUAAAACACUUAGCUGUAAAAAAUAUUUCCAUUUAUUUGGAUCAAUAAAAGAAUCUUAUCUUAUCUUAUUGGACAGCAAGAGGAAUGACACAUUUCCAAUGCCCUGUUUCACAUAUUUCCUGAUCGCAUUCUUUCCCCCCUUAAUAUCAUUGCAUUCAUUCAUAUAUACCACCUAGAAAAGGAAGCUGUUAAAGAGACAUAAAUGUGGAACCACUAUUUUAAAAAUAAUAAUUAUUGUCCAUUUAUCAAAAGGCAUCAUUAUAUUUAUUAAACAAAAAAUUAAAAUUAAAUGUGUUUUUCAUAGCAUAAGAUAAGAUAAGAUGCUACCUGACCAUUCUAAAUCUCAUUCACAAAUCAAAAUAUCAAUUAUCACUGUUUACAUUAUAAAUUUGGGUAACGUUUAUCCACUUGCUGACAGGUAGGCUAUUGAUAAUAUAUUUGAAACUUGUGCGAUGAAGGUAGUUACCAAUGUACUGACUGAUGCUAUAAAAAUGGGGCACCUAAAAGUGUUUUAACAAGUCUGUUACUCCUUGAAAGUAUUCAAAUUGUUAAAUAUAUUGUUCAUACCAAACAUGAAUUCUCGAUUAAUGACUUAAAUUGAUUCAGAUAUUUAAAAAAAAAAUUCUUUUAAAAUUGAUAAAUUAUGAUUUACCUGUUUAUGUCAAAAAAUAUAUUAAAACAAAAUACACAUUUUUGUGAUAUUUCCUUUUGGCCAUAAAAGAAAAACUAAAUAAACAAUAUGACAACUACUGUGCAUAAAAUUACAUAAAAUUACAAGAAAGAUGACAAACAUACAGUGGACAAACUAAGGGUAUCAGCAUCUAAUAUACUAUAGUAAUAAACGACAAAUAAAUUUUUUUAAUUGAAUAAUGUCUAUGAAUGCAGCCUUCAGUUAUGAAGAUACAACAGAUUAUGAUUCUAAAAAUCCUUUUAAAGCUUGUUUAUAAAUGGCCCAUUUUUUUUUAAAUCGCGAAACUAAUGAAAAUCUCAAUAUCUGUACAUUAUUUUCCCCUCUCUCUUUAUUUUAUUUCAGUGUCUGACCAUCCUGUUAGACAACGAAAAAUGACUCAGGAUUUUCAAAUCUUAGGUAAUUAUAAAAGGAUUGUUAUAAGCUUCUUUUUUAUAUUGAUUUAAUUAAAGGAAAGAACAAAUGUCAUUAAUAUUUAUUUUUAAAAAAUCUGAGACACCUCAUUUUAAUUUUAUAUGGAAAGAUUAUACAUUUUUAAUUAUGAUUUAGACUGUUAUCCAGGCCCCCUGUUUGAGAGGUUGUAUUAAUUUCCAAUAAAAAUGGUUAAAUUAGUUACCUUUAAAAAUAUAUGUUUUAAAGGGUUUAUUAAAAUGUAGUUUCACAUCAAAGGUUAAUUUAUUCAUAUGUUUAUAUUAAAGUUGUUAUAAUCAGCAACAAAAUGAGGCCUACAUAGACUAAAUUCAUUUCAGCAGUGCUUUUUUUCCAUAGAUAAUAAAGGGCCUAUAUAGUCUGUCAUGGUGACCGGGGGGAGGGGGCAACAGAAAUUGAGGGCUCUGAAGUCUCCACAGCAAAAUCGAGGGGAAGGGAUAAUUCAGGGAUGCAUAUUUGGUACAUACCUUAAGUCAGUGUUUCUGGCAUCUGUCACAGACAAAAUUUGGUAUUGUGGGCCUAGUGCCAUAAAUAACCUGAAUUCACUCUGUUUGUGGGGCAUUAAACACAUCUUAAUUGAUUGGUGGGUCAUUUUCUGUUUGCCAUUUGCAACAUCAGAUACAAUUUUAUAGUAAUGCCCUGGCUUUGUUCAUCUUUCUUUAAAACUUUAUACAAAAGGAUCAAUCUUUUGAUGUUCUUUGAUUAUUUAUAUCAGGGGUCUCAAACUUGUGGCCAUUUACGUCCCACAAGACGAUAUUUUGCGGCCUGCUACAUGACAGCAAAGUUUAGUGUAAUGCGGCCCGUGAGUUUUUACCAUUAUCAUAUCUAUAAUGUGACCCUCUGCGACGGUUUCAGUCGAAUUUCACCGACUAGUUUAAUUCUGAUUUGUUCAUUUUUGUCUAAAUUUGGAAGUUGCUUAUAAUGGUAAAAACCAUUUAAAACCGAACUUAAAGUUUCUUUUUGAAGAAAAAAAAAGCAUUUAAUGAGACGAACAUGGAUAAAGUGCGGUUUUGAUAAAAAUUUUAAAGUCAGUUAGUGCGUAAUGCACAACAAUAAUUUUGUAAAUCGGACGCAGUAUCAAAGAAUCUGUAUCAAAAUUGCCCCUACUGUUAACGAGUAUCAGCUUGGUUCCAUUUAAAAAUAAAGUUUGUCAAAAAGGCCUUUUCUACGAUAAAAAAAUCAAAAUUCAUUCUCCCUACAAUAGCCUCUUCCUUCGCAUCAAUCAAUCAUAAAUAUUGCCCACUCCAGCCUACUGUCUGAACACAUUUCAGCAUUUUAAGCCUUCACGGAGAAGUGUGGUUUUUCCUGUACUAAGUGAUCCCAAAUGGCUCAUGGACUUGGCUUUUCUUGUUGACAUUACACAGGAGAUGAAUGUACUCAAAAGAAGUUACAAGGCCAGUGGCAGCUUGCCUGUGUUGCCUAUGACUAUGUCAGAGCAUUGUGCACAAAACUUGUGUUAUGGUUCUUAGAGAAACCUCUGCCAUUUCCCAACAUGAAAAGUACUCAUAGAUUCGGAAACACCAUUCAGCAGUGAGUAUACUGAUGCCACUGCAAAGCUACAGGAAGAAUUUGAUAAAAUGUUUUUAGACUUCCAAACACACAGAGCAUCUUUUUAGCUUGUCACCUUGCCUUUCUCCUUUAAUGUGGACGAUGCACCCCACCCACCACUUGCACUUCAAAUGGAGCUAAUUGAUCUCCAGUGCAAUUCUAAGUUCGUGAGAGGAAUGGAAAAACAGACAAGCAUGGAUAAUUUAUGAGAGCAUUGUCCUUCACCUUCACUGAGAUUUCAAGGUUACUGAAGCGGAUCAUGUCCCUUUUUUGGGAGUAUCUAUCUUGUGUGAAAAGCUCUUUUCCCCACUAUUCAGGGCCAAACUUAUGGUGGGCAUCGUCAAGCUAUACUGAGGUUCUCAGUUUCUUCCUCACUCAAGCCAAAUGUUACUAAGCUGCCAGAAACGCUAUCAGGUCCCUGGCAACAAAGAGUAGGAGGAAGAAAGAGAAGCCUAGUUCUUAAUAUUUUAUUUUGUUAUUAAUAAAGGUUCGCAGGAUUGUACCAGUUGUACUUUAUUGAAUUUGUAAUCGCUCUUUUUUUACUUGAUGCGGCCCAGUCUCCCUCAGACUCUACCUCCUGCGGCCCCCGGCUAUUUGAGUUUGAGACCCCUGAUUUAUAAACACUAAUUUAAAGGAAUAUAAUAUUUGUAUCAGUUCAAGAAAAGCAUAUUGUUUAAAAAAGUUAUUUAAUUAUACAUAAUGCAACACAAUUAAAUAAAUUCAAUUUUCAAAGGAUUCUCCUAAUAUUUUUUCAAAGAAGUUUAAAUUUAGGCUAUUAAAUUGCAUUUAAAAUUUACUGUUACCGCUAGUAAUACAGUGGUGGAAUCUCUGACUCGUCCAUGUUUAUACAACAGAUUAAAAUUACUCGUGGCUAAGUGUGUGUACACUUUUCUUUUUUGAAUUUAUUUUAACAUUUAAAUCAUUUGAAGUUUGUAGCCUAUGACAUACAAAAACAGCUGGAACAUUCAUCAGCUAUGCCUUCCCAUUUGCUUGUGUCUCUGUCUAAAAAACAUAAGAGAUGUUAAUUAAUAUGAAGCAUAUGGGAAACACUUUCCCAUUUGUUGCACUUUGUGAUUCACUGUUUGAGGAGCCAUAUUUAUAAAUUAUAUUGCAUAUAUUUGCAAAUAAAAUAUUUUGGGAUAUGCUGUUAACGGUUAGUUUUUAAAAAGUAAUAAUAAUACCUUUCCUUUUAUUUAAAGAGCCGCACCUGCAAUAGGAGUUAGUGGUGCAUUACCCCUGUAGCAAUCUCCAUUUCCAAUGGACUUCCUCAUUUUAGAAACGUGUAUAAUGAUUCACGAAAACCUGGAUAAGGUUUCUGGCCUUCACUACUGCUAGUACUAGUAUUAGGAGUACACCAAAACGUAUUUCUUAUUCUUAGACAAAACUAAAUGUAACCCCUUUGUAAAAAUUUAAGCUGGUUUCAAUACAGUGUAACUUUGUGUAAUAAAACAAGCGCAUAAAGUAAGAUGGUCCAUGUAUGUCAUGUAUAUUAAUAAUUAUUUUUAUUUAACAAAAAAAAUAGCAGAGACCCAUGAAACUUCAAGCUACCUAGAGAGUUACAUCUGCGUGAAGAAAUCCAGUCACAGAGAUUUUGUACCAAUAAAUGAAUUGACAAUGGAAAAUAUGGACAUUAAUUUAGAUAGGAAUUUCUGUAACCCUGAUCUCCUGCUCCUGAUUAAGGCCAUAGGGAACCUUACUGUGAAAGUUACAGUUACAUACAUGAGUCCGGGGAGACCCAAUUCUGUUAAAGUUUACUCGGGGUCUUCAUUUUGUGGAACUGGAAUGGUUACUAAUGUUCAAAGGUAUAAAGAAGUUGACAGCUUAAAUUGUCAGUGUCUAAAAUGUGAAUCGAAAUCUAUUAGUAAUAGAAGUAAAGAAUGGGGUAAAAUAAAAAUCAAAACAGCAUCUGACAUAGUUUUUGAUGAUAUCGAGGCUAGGCAAUCUUUGUUCCAAUUGUUCUAUGACGGCGAAACCUAUGCUUUUACUACACUGGAGGGCAUGAAAGUAAAUAAACCAGGAAAGAUAAGAACUGAUCAAGGAUGGAUUGAGGUGGAGUGUGCCUCUUGUGACGAAUAUCUACUGAACAAACUAGAGAGUUACAUUGCCCGUUGUACAGAGUUAAUGGCUAAAGUAAACAUAACAUACUCCAGUUGUAGAAAGGUAGACAAAUUGGCCGUCAUUGUGGCACAUCCUCACGGCGCUCCGAAACAUGUUUCCUUUGGAUAUUGGAGGAAAAGAAAAGUUGUGAGCUCUGAUCAGGUUCAUGAAUACACGAAGUACACCUAUACAACAAGCACUUGCCCAGGCAGUAGUGGCGCUUUUGUUUACAUCCUGGGUGUCAGUGAUUUACUGCAGCAACAAUAUCACUUCCACAGUGGAUCUAAAUAUCAAAGGAAAAACUUUAGUUGUAUAGGUAAAGAGAAUCUUUAUGCAGACAAAGAAACAUUUUUAAAAAACUUUAACAUAACCAUAAGAGAGGACACUGGUAGUUAAAUUAUAUUUUAUUACAGGACCUAAAAUAUCAAGCAGGAAAAAAUACCUUAUAAGAAUUUGCUUUAUAUUAACAAGGGUGCUUUGGACAUUCGAGCCAGAAAAAAAGUUUCAUUAAAUUUUAAUACCAGUACUGUUUCUGUAAAAUCCUUAGUCUAGUGUAUUUCUUGUAUUAAAACCUUUGCUUAAGGCAAUGAACUGAUUAACAUUGCAUGAUGAUCAUAAGACAUGAUUAUUGCUUAUUAAUAAUAUUAAAUGUUGAUUUAAGUAAGACUUAUUAAUUAUUUUAGUGACACUUUUGGGAAUUUUUUUUUUUAUUAAGUUAUUUACUGUUGUAUUAUCUUUGCAGUUUUAAUGGGCUUUUAAAAAAUUUUUUUUUAACCAUUAUUCAUUUUACUUGUUUUCAUAAUAUCUUUUUUUUAUAAAGAACUAGGUGUCAUGAACUGGUGUCACCCAGAACAAUUAGAAAACAUUAUGCACCUCUGUCUACUUGCUGUUGAAAAGUAUUGCUUGGUGAAGAUCUGUUAUUUUUAACGACUUCUAAACUUUCCAAUACAUUUCAACACAGAGACCCAUCAUUUGUAAUUUAAAAAAAAAUUAAUUUACAAUAAUAAUAUUUAGCCAUCUUAAUUCAACCAGUUUGAACUCAGUACAUUUUAAGCAGUGUAGUAUAAUCCAGGUUGAUCUAUGACUUAGAUUAUGUAAAGGGGGAUAUUAGGACCAGGGCAGUUUGAAGAAAUUAUAUUAUUGUAAUCUUCAUAAUAAAUGUUCAAUUUUUUUACAUUAACCCCGCGAUUUUAAAGAGGACUCUGUCCCAGCUUAGUAUAAUUUAUAAUGAACUAUCAAUGUCUAUGAACAGUAAUUGAAAUUAAUUACUGUAGUUCGUGUGUUGAAUGUGUCGUAUUCAUAUAUUACGUGGUAAAACGUGUCAAAGUGUCCUCGUUUUAUAGCCAUUUUCAUUGUUUCUAUAGUAUAGUAGUUACUAUCCUAGUGUCUCGUUUUUAUUUUAUUUAGUUUACAUGUUUUUAAUAAUUGUAAAGCACUUAGAGCUUUAUGGUAAGCGCUAUAUAAAAGUGCCUAAAUAAAUAACUAAUGAAAAGUCAGAUUAUGCAAUGCGGCACAUAAAAAAAUUAAGAGCAGACUAAUGAUUUUUCAAAGUUCAAGUUCUCUGUGUUGGAUUUAUCAAAAGUCCUAACCGCACCUUAGGGUGGCAUAAUAUAUAUAUAUAUAUAUAUAUAUAUAUAUAUAUAUAUAUAUAUAAAUAUAUAUACACACACACAC